CGACACGCUUUAGGGCAAUACCGCUCAGCUGGAGUUACAGCGGCGUAUUCUGUCUCAUUGAAGGAAAGCCCUGAGCUGCUUCUGCGCGUUCGGUUCGCUCUAGAACGGAGCAUCCAGGCAACGGUUCGACAACAUCCUGGUUUAUGUUUUGGCGUCUCAGAUGAGAAGAGCGCGGGCAUCCCCCUGUUCAAGCAAUUGCAUCACAUCGACCGAGAGGAUGUGCUUGAGAUUAUCCCUUUCCGUGAUGCUACGUCAAUGAGUGACGAAUCGGGUGAUUCAACAGCAGAUACUAUACUGUCUCAGGUUCUCGGUGACCGGCACGGCGCAAUCUGGCCCAGUAACAAACCAGCCUGGAGGGUUGUCGUGUUAGAACACCUGCGUGACCAAAACGGCCCGAACACGAAUCAAGCUGUUCUGGCGAGGCUUGACAUCGCCUUUCUUGCACACCACGCUAUUGCGGAUGGGCUCAGCGGCUUAUCCUUCCACGAGUCCCUGAUGGAAAACCUGCCCGAUAUCUCAGCAUCAGCCUCGCCACCAACUUGGCCCAUAGCCGUCAGUGAGACCCUGGAGGCGCCAGCUCCCGUUGAAGAGCGUGUGGCCUGUCUCUCGUGUACCUGCGCUCUCUGCGAUGCUCCCCCAUCCUGCUACGAACCAGUGUGGGCAGGGGCUGCUGUACCCCCGGGGCCAACGGCGCGCUUCGAAUCUAUGGUUCGAGUGGUGACGAUCCCAGCCGAUAGGCUGUCGGGCGUCUUGGGAAGGUGCAAGCGGUCUAACAUCACGCUGACCGGACUCCUACACGCGUUGAUCUGUGCCUCUCUCCGCCGUCGGAUCGCCGAGGACCACCGCGGCUUUCGAGCCGUGACGCCCUUCUCGGUGCGCCGGCACACCCAGGCAUCUGCUGGUGAUAUGGUCAACCACAUCUCCUACUUGACUAGCUACGUACCCCGUGCCCAGCUGGAUGAGAUGGACCAGUGUGCGCACGGCUCCGCCGCCGAGGAGCGCGCGAUCGUGGAACUGGCCCAGUCAUUCGGC